AUGUUUGGCCAGUUUCGCUUUCGAACUCUGUUCCCCCUUUAUCUCUUCUGCUGCGCGCUCCUUGGCCUGGUUGUCUGGGGACUUUGGUUCGGCGUCAAUUCAGAUCGUGAUAAUGUCCCGGUUCUGCUGAAUCAUUUGAUUCCGGCUGGUCACUGCGCCUGUCAAGCAGCGUUGGAUUUCAAAUGCGACACCUGCCUCCACUGCCCGGCAGAAGCGCCCACCUCUUCGCCAAACAAAACUCGGGAAUAUAACCCGGUCUACGACGCACAAAAUCUAUCGCUCAGCGAUGCGCAAUGUCAGGGUUUCUUCCCAGGCCUAUUCGAAGACAUCUAUCGCGCCCAAAAGGUGUGGGAUGAUCGAGGCGGAAUCACCAUGGAGGACCUAGACAACAUCGGGCUAGUCGAUAGUAUGGCACGGGCGGCCAUCAUCGACGGACAAUUAUAUGUGAAAGCGACGCGAGCGCACAACGACGACCAUCGACGCAAGAUCCUGGGAACACUCAGCGCCAUUCAUCGGGCUCUAGUGACAAAUCCCGACGCAGCGAUCCCAUCAACGGAGUUCGUGUUUUCUGUCGAAGACAAGCUAGACGAUGUGGCUGGACCGCAUCACCCACUUUGGAUUUUGGCCCGGAAGCCAGACGAGGAGGCUGUCUGGCUGAUGCCGGAUUUCGGCUUCUGGUCAUGGAACAACGGCCACACCGACAUGCCGAUCGGGCCGUACAGUUUGGUGGUGGAUCGCAUCGUUCAUCGCGAGAAGGAUGAGUUUCCUUGGGACGAAAAGGAGGAGAAGUUGGUGUGGCGAGGGAAGUUGAGUUUUGCAGCCAAGAUGCGACGAGGACUGUUGGAAGCAGCCAGGGACGAGCCGUGGGGCGACAUCAAGGAGGUGGACUGGCACCGGAAGGAUAACUUCAUGACGAUGGAGGACCACUGCCGAUAUCGAUAUAUCGCUCACGUUGAAGGUCGAUCAUAUUCCGCCUCGUUGAAGUACCGACAAGCGUGCAAGUCAGUGGUAGUCGCACACAAACUCCAGUUCAUCCAACAUCACCACUACCUUCUUAUAUCCUCCGGCCCAGACCAGAACUUUGUCGAAGUAGAUCGGGACUUUUCCGACCUGCCGGACAAGAUGCAGAUCCUUCUCGACGACCCAGCAUUAUCGGAACGAAUUGCCAACAACAGCGUGGCCACCUUUCGAGAUCGUUAUCUGACUCCAGCGGCUGAAGCAUGCUACUGGCGCAAGCUGCUAGAUGGAUGGACAUCUGCAUCGCAGAAUAUUAGCAAGACAAUUCAGCCGUCGUCAACGACGGACGAGCUCUUACGGUUCGAAUCAUUCCUUUUGCUUGACAGUGAAGCUAUGAUGGAUUUCUCAGUGCAAUUGUCGAAUAAUCUCUCAUGUGAGGUGAAUGAUGGUCCUCAAAUAGCAUUGGAAGGGCUCUUGGUCAAUGUAUCUCGAUCGGUGCUGCUGGGAUUCGUGCUCCUAACAUCAUGGGUCGUCUACAAUUUGUUCAUAUACCCUCAAUUCGUCAGUCCCUUAAGAUUCCUUCCUCGCGCGAAGGGCGGCUAUCCAAUCCUUGGUCACGCCUUGGUCCGAUUCAAACAACCCUUAGGACAAGAUUACGUGCGAUUCAUGGAAGAAGUACCCAACGAGGGGAUAAUUCUCUUCCGCGACCUAUUCAACUCAGACCACCUACUCCCCACGAGCACCGCAGCCCUCGAAGAGAUUCUAUCCAAGAAACCAUACAUAUUCGAGAAGCCCAGCGAAUUACGGGAAUACACCAGCCGGUUUUUAGGACGGGGGCUCCUCACUACAGAGGGUGAAAUCCACAAACGCCAGCGCAGAGACAUCACGCCGAAUUUCACUCUGCGGCAUACGAGACAGCUUGCACCGUUGUCAUGGACUCGAAGUAUGGAGUUGGUUCGGGGUAUUGCCAGCGAGGUUGAGUCGCAAGCACAGAUUGAUGGCUCCAUAGAUCAGGUGAAUAGAUCAGGGAUUGUGGAUAUGAAUGUCUGGGCUACGCGCAGAACGUUAGAUAUUCUGGGGACUGUCGGGCUAGGACGGGAUAUCAAGGCAAUUGAUAAUUCGCGGAUUGAGAUCCAAGAGGCCUAUACGGCGGCAUUUACGGCAACGUGGAGGAAAACAUUCCUGUACACUGCGAUCUGUUGCAGGCUGAACUGGUUGAUCGACUGGAUUCCAUGGAAGGUGGAUGAGCGGUUCAAUAGGGCGACUGACUAUCUGAGACAAUUUUGCCGGGAGUCCAUCGAUGAAAGCAGACGGAGGAAGCAAGACAGUGGGACGAGCUCGCCUAAUCUGCUAGCUAAGCUCAUCGAAUCGAACAAAUUCACGGAUGACGACCUUGUCGAUCAAUCGCUGACGUUCCUGGCAGCGGGACACGAAACAGUAGCCGGCACAUUAGGGUGGUCCGUCUAUCUUCUUGCCAGCCAUCCCAGCAUCCAGACUGCUCUCCGUGAAGAGAUCCUGUCUCGUGGCUCACCCGAAGAGUGGGCCUUGCAAAGUCCCGACAUCGCGACUCGUCUGGAAUACAUUCCUCUUCUCAAUGCCGUGUGCAAUGAAACCAUCCGUCUCUAUCCAACCGUACCACUGACCCCCCGUGUCGCGAAAGAAGACACGUCUAUCCUAGACUGCCCCGUUCCCAAAGGCACUCGAGUGAUGCUAGCACCGUGGGCGAUCAACCGGGCCCCGCAUCUCUGGGGACCGACGGCGAAUGAAUUCAAACCAGAGCGAUGGAUCGACGAGACGACGGGCGAGGUAAACAAGAAGGGAGGUGCUGAGAGCUCAUAUGCCAUGCUGUCGUUCCUGCAUGGGCCACAUAAUUGUAUGGGGUCGGGGUAUGCGAAGGCGGAACUUCGGAUUAUGGUGGCUGCGUUGGUGACGGCGUUCGAGAUGGAAUUGGCGGAUCCCCAGGAACCGGUGUUACCGAGUGGGAGAAUAGUGACGAGGCCAGGGGAUAAAAAUGAUCACCGACCGAUCGGGGGAGAUCCAGAGUCCAGACCUGCAUUUAAAAGCGUCGCGAUCCCCACCGUUCACCACAAUCCCCGACUGUUUCCUUUCCUCCACAUUCCCCGGACAAGACCUGCCAGUGUAGCCUCCCGCCAUGCCCUGGUCCAUUGCCCUCCCGCAGGCGAUCUUCGCCUCGCCCAUCUUCUCCGUCGCGACCCCGAUGGCCGGCGGUUCUCUGAUCGGUUAUCUCGUGAACGGUCAAUUCCCCCCGAUCCACUAAUUGACGAGCCUGCAAAGGCAUGGAACCGAUCGCUGAACUUCUUUCUAGGUGGCGGCAAAACGAAGCGCAAGUACCGAUCCCUGCGCCAACCUCCCUUCUACCCACCCGUCUGGGUCUUCCCGCCCGUCUGGACCUUCCUGUACGCGACCAUGGGCUACGCCAUCCACCAUGCCACCGUCACCGGCACCGUCACCUCCCUGAGCAACCCCUCCGCGACCACACUGCAGGGCUGGGCCGCUACCGCGCAGUCCUUGUACACGACGCAACUGGUUUUCAACUACCUGUGGAUGCCGCUGUUCUUCUCUGCGCGGAAACCCAGCUACGCGUUGGUGGAUCUCGUCCUGCUCGGAGGCAACGUAGCGGCGUUGAUCGGGACCCUGUGGAACAACGAUCGCACAGCGGCCUUGAUGCUGGUGCCCUAUUCGCUGUGGACUGGGUUUGCGGCCUACCUGAACGUGGGAGUCGGGGUGCUGAACAACUGGACGAUUGAGGAGAAGAAGCAGGAGUAA